AUGGUCCGUCACUCUUUUGGUCCGCUCGUGGUUCUUCUCACAGCCCUACACAUCUUGCAAGCUCAAUGUACGCCUGUUGUGUUUCAGAAACGUGGUAUCUGCGCUACCGAGGAUCCGGAUCCAUCGUUCCUUAGCGCCCUUGACCUAGUCCAAGGUGACGAGACUCGGCCCAAUGCCGGUUCUGAAGCGCGUCAGGGCCCUAUCGAGAUAGACACUUGGUUCCAUAUUGUGGCCAGUCAAGCUGAGUCAGGCCAGGUCAGCAAUGAUAUGAUCAAUUCCCAGAUAUCUAUUUUACAAGACGCUUACGAAGACGCGUCCAUUCACUUUAGACUGCAAGGAGUUACACGACAUGUGAACGAUGUUUGGGCUCGCAACGAGGACGAGGUCGCUAUGAAAACAGCCCUCCGGCGAGGAAGCUACCGAACCCUGAACGUUUAUUUCCAGACCGAUCUUCAAGCAUCUCCAGGGGAUGCUGGCCGUGCGGAUCACCGAGGUGCCCUUACUUCGAACGAUCUUUCAUCCAGUGUUCUGGGCUUUUGUACUUUGCCCGAUCCGAGUGUCAAUGCCACCAGUGCCCGUGCGGAUUAUAUCAAGGAUGGCUGCAAUGUGCUAGCUAAGACGAUGCCUGGGGGAUCGUUAGAUCUUUAUAACCGGGGAGGAACUGCCAUCCACGAGAUUGGACACUGGAACGGCCUCCUGCAUACUUUCCAGGGAGAGUCUUGCUCUUCGGACAAUUUGGGCGACUAUAUCGCCGACACUGCACAGCAAUCUACGCCCACCGACGGUUGUCCUGCCCGUAAGGAUUCUUGCCCUGAUUCCCCUGGACUGGAUCCAGUUCAUAACUUUAUGGACUAUUCUUCCGAUGUCUGCUACGAGAGCUUUACGCCUGGCCAGACCCAACGUAUGCGAAGAAUGUGGGCGUCUAUGCGGGAAGGAAAAUAA